UUUCAGUUCAAUUCGCUAGUCCUAGAGUGAUAUUCAUUCGGAGUGAGAUGAUCAGUUUUUGUUGUAAUUAACGGGCGUUGGGACGCCGUGGCGCCCUCCCAAGUUGGCGUCCAAAAAAUUGGAAAAGGGAAAGCAAAUCGUAUGGUCAGAAAAUAUUGUAAACAUGUGUUUAUCUCGUGCAAUUGUCGGAGUCAUGUGUACAAAGUGUCGAUUCGAGAUUAAUCCGACAAGUGACGGAUCGAUAAACCAUCGGGGGUCAUUGGCCGUUUAAAUAAAUGCCAUUCUUUAUAGACAUGAACUUAUCGAUUUUCUCAUUGUAAUUGUUGUUAUAAAACGUGCAGGCCAUAUAGGGUUUAUUGCUAUGAAAAUCAAGGGUGGAGAUAUUUCAGUUAUCAUUGAGUAAGUGAACAAUUUUUUAAUGUAUGGUGUCUUGUACUCUAUUCAGGAGUUAAUGAACAGCGAGGCAACUUCUUCGAUAACGGUGAUAUAAUUGGAAAUUUUUGCUCACUUCAGCAUUUUUUGAAUGAUCAGACAUUGACCAUCGGCGCCUAUCAGAGCUGACCCCCCGGUGCGUGAACAAUUAAUCCUGCCGGUUAAUUAAACCGGAGAGCCCACAAUAAAGACAAUGUCACUCUGCGUCAUAGCAUUUCAUUUCAUGAUCAUGCGUGAGUAAAUCGUUCCAGUGGAGAGAAAGGAGACUUCAUUCGGAGAUUGUCUUUGUCAACAGACAGUGUAUGGUGUGGGUACAAAAGUGGGCGAAGAGGAUACGCAUCUGGACCAUCGAGUUAUCGAGGUAUUAGAUGGCGGUGACAGGAACCGACGAGAUGGCUUCUCCCACCAAGUUCAAAGAAUAUCAAGAUGAGGGUAUUAGUACGCGCGGUCUCACGGAGAUGAAUAAAAUCGGAAAAUACCAGAUAAUAGUGUACAUUGCUGUGAGUUUGCCUCUUGCAUUAUCGGCGGGAUUUACUCUUGGUUAUGCAUUCACGUCUGGCGAAGUAGACUACAGGUGUCUCAUUCCGGAGUGUGAAAAUUCAUCAACCGCAAAUUGGAGCAGUAUCUGGGCUGCCAACUCCAAGCCGAAGAGUGAUAGUUCGUUCGGUAGCUGCGAGAGAUUCCAAGUGAAUGAUAAUGUCGUUGGAGAGUGUUCGAAGGAUUCCUUCGGGGAGAGGGUCGUCAAGUGCGAUAGCUGGGUGUAUGAUCCACUGGAGAAGACCAUCCUCAGCGAGUGGAAUUUUACGUGCAACGAGAAUCGAUGGAAAUUGGCGAUGGUCGGAACGGUGAACAACAUUGGACAACUAGUAGGAUUGAUGUUCGCCGGAUACUUGUCGGACAGAUAUGGAAGAAGGACUUGUCUGGUCGUAGAAACCUUCACAAGUGGAAUUUUUGGGCUGAUCCAGUCCUUCUCCGUUAACUACUGGAUGUUCAUGAGCAUGGAAUUCCUCAUGUCCGUUGCUGCAGCCGGAAUCUACAGCUCUGGCUUCAUCCUAGGUAUGGAGAUGGUAGGUGGAAAAAAACGAGUGUUAGGAGCUACUUUCAUCGGGGGAAUGUAUGCUGUGGGAGAAAUGUAUCUGGGGGCUGUGGCUAUGUUCUUGAAGUCCUGGAGACCGCUUUUGAGAGCGAUCUUUGCUCCUGGACUCCUCGCCAUCUUUUUGCCCUUCAUUGUUCCUGAAUCCAUUGCGUGGCUAGCAGCGAAGGGAAAGCAUAGCGAAGUGGAAAAGGUGUACAAGCGAAUGGCGAAGAUGAAUGGCUUAGAGAACACGCAGAUACCAUUAAGUAUUUACGAAGAGCUGAACGCGACAAACACUGAAAAGAAGCCAGAAAUUAAAUCAAGCAGUGUGCCAGUGCGGGAGGCAUUGUCGAGGCCAAAACUGCUCAUAAGGCUGCUCGCGUGUUGUCUCUGCUGGUUGACCAAUACCUUCGUAUACUACGGAAUGUCCCUGAAUGCAGUGGCAUUCGCCGGGGACAAAUACGUGAACUUUAUAUUGGUAUCAUUAGUAGAAAUACCGGCUUACUUCCUCAGUUGGUUGCUGAUUGAUUACGUUGGAAGAAAACCCACUCUGUCCGGCUCAUUCCUCUUCAGUGGAAUAUUUUGUCUAGCUAUUCAAUUUGUUCCGAAAGAUUCAUGGUCAUAUGCACCGCUACUUCUGUAUAUGGGCGGAAAGGGAUGUAUUACGAUGGCAUUCGCUGCUGUUUAUGUUUAUACCACUGAAAUGUUCCCCACAACGGCCCGACACUUUUUACUCAGUAUUUGCAGUAUGACCGGGCGCAUUGGCUCGAUUCUGGCUCCUCAAACUCGACUUUUGGCGACAGUUGUUGCAUCUCUUCCUCUAAUCCUCUUCGGCACCAUGGGAAUACUUGCUGGUGUUGUUUCCCUGGUUUUCCCCGAGACUUUAGGGAUAAAGCUACCGGACACCGUGACAGAGGCCGAGAACAUCGGGAAACCAAAGAGAACUAAAGAUAAAAACAUCACGUAAUACUGUUUUCAAUUUUAGAAGAACGAUCCAGAAGAAAUUCAUAAUGAUAUUUACAUAAUAAAAAAGUGUUCAAUAAGUGACGAUCUACUCAUCCAAGGAUUGUGAUGAGAUAAGAAAGGAGAUAUUUAUAAAAAUUACCCAGUAUUCUAACUUACAAUUCCGAAUUUAUUCCGAUUGCAGUACUUACGCGAUUACAUCAUAAUUGGCGACGAGAAAAUAAAUGUGAAGGCUCUUGCAGAGUUUUUUCAAAUAUACAAUUUUCUGAAGUCGUGAUGUUACUGACUUUACGGCUUCGAAGACAAUCACAACUGCACAGCAUAUUAUUUAAAAAAUUCACGCCGAGAACAUGAUUGUGAGUUUUGUGGAGUUUUUCUCAAAUAUAAAAAUUGCUAAAGUUC